GGAGAAUCAAUGCUGAGGUUCGUUUGAGGGAUGGGCUCCGAAAACCCAGACGACUUCGAACCAGCUGUUAUCCUGGCCGAGGAAGAUCAACAUGAAAUCGGAGGCCUGAUCAACUCUGAUGGAGAAGAAGUGGAUUUCUCAGAUCUCGGAGAAGGCGCUAUCCCUGGCAUUGGAGUGGUGGAGACCCCCUCAAAGACAUUUGGUCAAAGUCAAAAUGAAAAACCACCAUCUCUUCAUACCUGCUCAGUGUGCGGGAAAGACUUCCCCUACGCCUCUAAACUCCAGCGUCACCUACGCACUCACUCAGGAGAGAGGCCUUUCCCCUGCUCCAUGUGUGAGAAGAGGUUUCCUGAGAAGGGGCUGCUCAUGAUUCACGAAAGGGUCCAUACUGGGGAGAAGCCUUUCCCGUGCACUUUCUGUGAGAAAAGGUUCGCCAGUCAGGGCGAGCUCAGACUACACCGGCGGACUCACACCGGCGAGAGGCCGUAUCACUGCUCUAUCUGUCUGAAGAGCUUCUCUCGUCACUGGCACCUGAAAACUCACUUGGAGGCGAUGCACUCGGAGGUCGUCGCAGGCUUUACGAGGAAGAAGUUUCCAUGUUCUGACUGCGAUAAGAGCUGCAACUCAGCGGCCGAGCUCAGAGAUCAUCAGAGAACUCACACUGGCGAGAGACCCUAUCAGUGCUCGUUCUGCGACAAACGGUUUGCUUUGUCGGGAACGCUUGUGAGACACGAGCGUCUCCAUACCGGCAUCACUCCCUACCACUGCUCCGACUGCGGGAAGACAUUUUCACAGCAGUGGACUCUGACGACACACAUGAGGACUCACACGGGGGAAAAACCGUACAGCUGCACACAGUGCGAUAAGUCUUUCGUGGCUCCCGGAGAGCUUCGGAGGCACACCAGGAUCCACACCGGUGAAAAGCCGUACACCUGCGCGGACUGCGGGAGGCACUUCUCAUUGGCGGGGACUCUCAGAAACCAUAAAAGGUCGUGCACACAUAGCAAGAACGGACCAGCUACAGGUGUCAUCUCAGGCUCAGUUCAAGCAACAGUUGGUGAAUCAUCCCAGCAAGACCCGGUCAACAAUAUCACCUCCGAGGUGUGUGACAGUCAGAGUAUACCUGCUGAAGUUCAGGCUAAUUCCUCGGAGGGUCUUAACUGUGACAAAGUCGCCCAGUCUGAAAAUAACUUGAGAGAGCCAGAAGACCGGCAGGAGGACGUCACUUCCAGUCCACACAUGAAUGUAAUAGUGAAAGAGGAGGAAGAAGAGGAACCUUUAUGCGUAGAUGAAACUCCUGAUGAAGUGUCUGGUAGUGAUGAUUGUACCGUGCCAGUGGAAACCGGAGAGCAGCAGCAGCAGCAGGAAAACAGCACAGAAAUCCAAAUUACUGUCAAGGAGGAAGAAGAGGAACCUGUCAACAUGUCUCGAGAGGAUCCGGAUCAUGCUGCUGACGAGGGGAAAGACCGUCCUCAAGCAUCACCGGUGCAGGAACAGCUUAACAACAAUCUGACUAAAAGCUCUUACUGCUGCGGGCUCUGUGGAAGAGACUGUCACAAGAUGUCCGCGCUGCAGAUUCACAUGCGAAUACACUCAGGGGAGAAACCUUAUCAGUGUUCUCUGUGCGGGAAGCAGUUCACCCAGAAAGGUCAACUCAAAGGUCACCAGAAGGUCCACACGGGAGAGAAACCGUUCUCCUGCCCCGACUGCGGGAAGAGCUUCGCCCACUCGGGGGCCAUGAACAGACACCGGCUCACGCACACAGGAGAGAGGCCCUACCACUGCUCCAUGUGCGACCGCAGCUUCAACCAGUCCGGACGUUUAAGGGAACACGAGAAAAUCCACUUUGGGGAGAAGUUUGACUGCCCCGAGUGUGACAAGAGUUUCACACGAGCUUCGAGCCUCAAGAACCAUUUCAGGCUUCACACGGGCGAGAGGCCGUACGGCUGCGACAUCUGCGGGAGAGGCUUCAGCCGCUCUCAAAGCCUCAGGCUCCACAAACGGAAACAUGAGCUGAUUCAGACUGAGGACGAGUCCGCAUUCAGCGUGAAGAAUGACGAUUUAUCACAGAGUGACGAUAACUCCCCAAUAAAUAUGUGUAUAACAGACAAAAAUGACUGAAAAUGUAUUUAUAUGAAACCAUACAGAUACGAGUACUAGUAUUAUAAUACUGUUGUUGAGAUUUUAGGCGGUUAAUAAUGAAAGUAAGGGACUACCUCUGUGAAUAGACCGACAGUAAACCUUUACGUGAUGGUUGUUCACCAUCAAAGUAUUGAACCUUAAAUAUUUAACUACCAGAAAGGUGCAGAAAAAAAUAAUAAACAGGUACGUGUGAGAUGACGAGCAACACUGUUUCAAAGAAAACGACCAAACAUAUUUACUACAAACAAAACUUUUGUAAAAUCUUAAACUGUUUAGAUGGCAAAUUUUAGACGUCAUAUAUACUCUUGUUUAUCACUCUUACAUAUGUUAGCUGCAUCAAAAUAUUGCACUCUCAUUUUAGAGUAUUUAUGGUAGUACAAAAGACUCAUUUAAGGUCUGUGAUUUCACCUCUUCUCAUGCAGUAUUUGUCUUUCAAGCUAAUCGUAUAUGUGGAAAUUGGACUAAAGAUUAAUGAUGUUUUUUGUAUCGGAUGUUACGGCGGCUAGCGAACAAUCUCAGAAUCGGGUGAAACUGGAUUUCAUGAGAUGGGUGUGAGAUAACGGUUUAUCAGUGUCAGUAAUAUUUAACCAGUGAUUGAACAAUGGAGUCAUCAAACAUUCAUUAAGUUUGUGCCAAAACCAUUUUUGCCUUAGUGUUGAUUUCAUUUUUGUUACCUGUGAACCAAAUCAUGAGUCAAGUUCGCCUGGUUGAGGCUUCUCUUUAAGGCCAAGUAAACAUUGUGAAUAAAAGAUUCAUUCUCUAAGGUUGUGACACAAAAGGCAAUAAUUGGAAGAAAAUGUAGAUGGUAAAUUUUGCCCAGUGCUGCCUCUGUCUAA